GUCAAUCCUUGAAUUAGAACCAAUGAUUGCAGCUUGUAGGAGGGCUGUCCAGGGCCAGCUUGUACAACGUGCCUCUGUACCAGAGUAUGAGCGGAGAUAAUUACGGGGAAGUCACACUCUCUCACACCCUCGGCUUCCUUGUGUCCUUCAGCCAAACAGUGGAUUUAAACCACAUUGUACCAGCUUGAGAGCAGCACCAUCUAUCAGGAAAAAAGAAAAGAGAGGAAGAGGAGAGAGAGAAAGGAAAAAAAAAUUGAACCUGACAAAACAGAAGAAAAAGAAGAAGAAAAAACAUCAUGAAAACCAUUCAGGCAAAAAUGCACAGUUCUGUCUCUUGGGCAGUCUUCACGGGGCUGGCUGCUCUGUGUCUCUUCCAAGGAGUGCCCGUGCGGAGCGGAGAUGCCACCUUCCCCAAAGCAAUGGACAACGUGACGGUCCGGCAGGGGGAGAGCGCCACCCUCAGGUGCACUAUCGACAACCGGGUCACCCGGGUAGCCUGGCUGAACCGCAGCACCAUCCUCUAUGCUGGGAAUGACAAGUGGUGCCUGGACCCUCGUGUGGUCCUCCUGAGCAACACCCAGACCCAGUACAGCAUCGAGAUCCAGAACGUGGAUGUGUACGACGAGGGUCCAUACACCUGCUCCGUGCAGACAGACAACCACCCAAAGACCUCCAGGGUCCACCUCAUUGUACAAGUUUCUCCCAAAAUUGUAGAAAUUUCUUCAGAUAUCUCCAUCAAUGAAGGGAACAAUAUUAGCCUCACCUGCAUAGCAACAGGUAGACCAGAACCUACAGUCACCUGGAGACACAUCUCUCCCAAAGCUGUUGGCUUUGUGAGUGAAGAUGAGUACCUAGAGAUCCAGGGCAUCACCCGGGAGCAGUCAGGAGACUACGAGUGCAGUGCCUCCAACGACGUGGCCGCGCCCGUGGUGCGGAGAGUGAAGGUCACUGUGAACUAUCCUCCCUACAUUUCAGAAGCUAAGGGCACAGGCGUCCCUGUGGGACAGAAGGGGACGCUGCAGUGUGAAGCCUCAGCAGUGCCCUCUGCAGAGUUCCAGUGGUACAAGGAUGACAAACGACUGGUUGAAGGAAAGAAGGGAGUCAAAGUGGAAAACAGACCUUUUCUCUCAAAACUCAUCUUUUUCAAUGUCUCUGAACAUGACUAUGGAAACUACACUUGUGUGGCCUCCAACAAAUUGGGUCACACCAAUGCCAGCAUCACGCUAUUUGAACUAAAUGAGCCCACAAGCUCAACUUUGUUGCAAGGUAGCUGCCUGUUUCCUCAGGGAGGAUCUCCAGAUUGUGCUCAUCUUAUCUGCGAAAUACGAGAAAGAUUUAUACGAAUGCGUGGAUUUCCACUGAUAGGGAACCCUUGGCUUUAAGAGAUGUUCAAAGCUAUUUCACUACCCAAUAUUGGAAAGGACUAGGAGGAAUUUGAUAAGAGAAUUUCAUUCUUUCUCAGCAGUUUUUGCCACCCUUGAAGUAUUUCUCUGCCUCCGUUUUGCAAACACGACAGAUUGCAUGUCACCUUCCCGUAUUAAUAUUUGGUGGUACAGGACACACGUAGUGAUAAAUAAGGGCUCAGGGCUGUGUCUCCAUCGCUCAGAACUUCUGCACAGGCAGCUGUGCCAGGCCACACUUCAAGCUCAGCGGCUCCACAGGGCUCCUUUGCCAUCCCCGGCGCUUCAUCUUCUGUCUCCUAAGCGCUCAGUGGAAUUUGAUGGUAUCCAAGUGCUGGAAAAAGUUGGUUGAUUAAUGCUUGUGAAUCUUGGAGUAAUCACCAAGACAUUUUAUUAAUGAACAGGGGAGGAGAGUAAACUGGAUAUCAGGACAGAACAGCUGCAGCCCAUGAGAUGACCAGUUCUUCCCUGCAGGGACUGGAGGCUGUUAAGUGGGCCAAGCAGCCAAGGCACCCUACAGUUCCCAUUUCUGUGCCUUGUCAAUUGCUAGAAGAUGCAAUAUCUUGGGGUGUGUGCCCAUUGGUGUUUAUCACUACAUGGCCUGCCUUGGUAUUAGAAUUAGAACUUAUCUGAGUACUUGGAGUCACCUGUAAGUAUUAACUUUUCUGGCAAAAAAAAAAAAAAACCCACCUCAUUUUAUGGAUUGAGCCAGAGCCACUCACUAUUGACAGUCUCAGAAACGUAAUGUGUAAACAGCUAUUUUUCCUUUCAGCCUUUUCCUUUCUCAUUCCUCUCCCUCUUUCUCCUCACCUUCCUUUUAAUUCUUUGUGAACAUUUGUCCUUUCUCCUUCUGUAGUUCUCUCUGUUUUGUUCUCUUGACCACUGCUUCACUCAACUUUUUGGUAAAGAAAAAAAUAUAUGAUUGCUUCUGUUCUCAUACCCAAGAUGUUACCCAAGCCUUGAGCUUAUGGCUAGGGUUGGCUCUGGUAUAGACUGUGGUCUGGAGCACUGCCUGACAGAAGCGUGUCAAGUGACACAUAGAAGACAGCACCAGCAUCCCCAGCUCUUCCUUAUGUCCAAGCACAGGGCCUGGACGGAGGCAGCAUGCUGGGUUUCCAGUACGUGGAAAGCCCGUCUUGCCUUCCUUUUCUCCUUGUGUUAUAAGCAGAGACAGAAGCAUACUGUGUUUAACCUGAAUGGUUCCAACACUGCUGUCUGGAAUGCCACUGAAUAAAUUCUAGCUGAGGUCAAGGGCGAGUGUGAGGUUCUUGUUCACCUUUGUCAGUGCUAAAGAGAAUCGACCUUUUAUAUUGAGUGCGUUGGAGAUUCAGAGUGAGAAAGAAAGAAAAGCUAGAUAGGAACAAUUAAGCUGAUGUGGUUCUCAGAUCUUUUCUGUGCUGAGAAGCACUGUUAUCUAGAGCACAAACUUGUACCCUCAGUUGAUCCCCAGUUUCCAGGUGGGAACUUCUCUGUGUCUCUAACUCAGUCUAAACCAGCACUCCAUGUGUUUGAGGGUGAAAGUGGUGUGGCUGCUUUGUCCCUCCAAGCCUCUUUUCAGAAUGUCUUCCUCCUUCCAAUUGUCUCCUCCUACUCACAUUAUGGAUACACACAAUGGCCGAUUUAUGACAAUGGCCUCUGCUCACCUCCUGUUCUGGUUAAAGAGCAGUCCGUGUCCUGAGGCCUGUCCUUGCCAACAGUCCUCAGACAGCAUGGACCACCAUCCUGCCUCAUCUCUGCCACCCUGACUGUCCACUGUAUCUCCUCUCAGUAACAAAGCACUAAGCCAGAGAUCACCUCUUAGGUCUUCAGAAUGGCUUCUCAGGAUUGGUAAUGUCCACUUAAAUUUAACAAAACAUCCUAUAUCAGGUGGCUUUGAAGACUAAAUGGAGCGUUUUCAUGGUAGACGCUGAUCUGCUUUUGAACAAAACAUCAUAGGCAUGUUUAAGAUGGGUCAUAUCUGGGUCAUCUUGCUAUGUGUGAGGACCUUUGGACAAAAACCCAGACUGCUGAUGUAUUGCUUCCAUAUGAAAGGCUAUUGUACCAUUUUCACCCUUUCUACAUCAAAAGGGAGCAACUGUAGAGGCCCCUAGCUACCAAGGAAAGAGAUCAAAAACUAAGAGCAGAGAAGGCCUCUGCCGUCAGCUGAAAAGGCGAAAAACACCAAGGGUCCCGAGAGAGGCAAAGUUGGUAGUUAGUCACUGGAGAAGCUAGCCGCUACAGCUCUUCAGGGCAGCCCAGGAGCACGGCUACACAGUAAGGUCAGCCUCCAUCAGCCCCAGAGAGAAGAGCCUAAAAGUCAGCUUCAUAUCGCUGGAUGCAUUUGGUGAGGGAAAA